UGAGCCACCGUGCCCGGCCAGAAAUAAUCUUAAAUUCACAAUCCGUUGUUUGGAUCUAUAUAAUUAUGUAAGAGGAACACUUUUGUUCUUUGAAGCUGAUUUUUGAAACAUUUUAUGACUGUCUCUUUUAAGUAGUCAAAUUUUUAUGGUGAAAACGUAAUAAUUGUCAUCUCAUUUUUAAGUGUACGGUUUAUUAGUGUUAAGUAUAGUCAUAUUGUUUUACAAGAGGUUUGUAGAUCAUUUUUAUCUUACAAAAGUCAAAGUGAAUACCCAUUAAACCACAAAUUGCCCUUUCCACACUUCUCUGCAGCUCCUGAAGAGCACCAUUCUGCUUAAUGUUUCUAUGAGUUUGGCUACUGUAGAUACUUUAUAUAUGUUUUCUCAUGAUACUCAAGGCCUCUUGAGAAAAAAGUGCAUAGAAGCAUCAUUCCAAAAAUUGAUAUUGGAUAGAUAUGGGAGCUGUGGCCCUCAGAAUUUACACUUAAGGAAAGAGUGGGAAAGUAAGGGACAUCGUCAAGGACAUGAGCCAAAACUUCAAAAGGAUUGCUUGACUUUGGAAAAGAAACCAAAGGCCUCUGACACUGUACACAUCAGUGAAAUGAGGAGACCCAUGAUGCCUGCUGUGAGGGACCCCCAGAGGCCCACACCGGGCACAGCAAGUGACCCAGAUCUCAGUCUCAAGAGACCUCCCACUGCCACUUCAGAAAAGCCUGGCGACCUCUCUGCACACUCCAUCUGAAGCCAGUUAUCACAACACAGCCCAGGUGUGGGAACAGUAGGUCUAUUCUCUGCUGACCUGGGAGCAGCUGUCUGAGCUCAUCUGGCUCCAGGGGACUCUGUGCUGUGGUACAAAUCUGUGCCGUGGCCACCCAGGUGGCCUAUGUCUUCCCUGCUGAGGGCUGGCUCAUCCUAGCCACACUGCCUGGUCCCUAGGAUCCAGCCCUGGAUGGAGAAGCUCAGAGCUCCUCCUAGGAAGAAAAUGAGCCCACCCUUCCCUGGACAGAAGAUAAAGGAGCCUGUUGGGGGAUCAAAUGAGGCUUUAGCUGGGGGCACCCAGACCCUAUUCAGCAGAGGACACAGCUAUGAGAGUGAGAACAAAGACUUGCUACUUCUCAGGCAAUUUUAGACACACGGUGUUAAUACAUGACAAAACCAGGGGCUGUCUUGGGAAAGGAAUUUGAACAAUGUCCUCGAAGUAGAAACUGUGUUUCAUUUAGGUCUAAAACUACUGACAAAUUUUGUACUUCGUGUUAGACAUUUGAUGUUUUUGGAUGUUUUAUGACAGUCAUGCAUUUCUUUGUAAUCAGAAAAUAUUAGGGUAAUCAUUCAUAUGUGUUUGUGUAUUGCAAAGUAUAGCAAAAUGAAUAUAUAUGUAUUCAGUCAGAAAAGGCUGUAGCUCUUUACUUUCCCAUUCUGAGUCACUAAUAAAGGACUGAUAUCUACUAACCUUUAACAACA